UAAAACAGGAUAUAUUAAGGUAAGAACUCAGUUCUUGUUACUCACUUUUUCAGCUGGUCACCAACGAAGAACCGAGCUUCAAACGGUCAGACGAGAAAUCAGAAGAAGAAGUAAGAAAGCUAAAGGAAUCAUGCACAUCUACUGGACAAGUGUGGUGGCCUUCGUGGCAAUUCUAAGGUGUACAACCGCUGAUCCAAUGAUCUAUGGCACUGCAGACUUGGAGCACGACUGGGCCGAGGCCUUCAAGUUGAUCAUCACUGUCAAAAUGCAGUACCCUGUCUCCAACGGUUGGAGGAUGGCACUGAUAUUUUCGCAACCAAUUAAAAAGAUUGACGUGUGGCGAGCAGAAUGGAUGGACACUGAGGUAUCUAAAGACAAAACGAUACACGCUCUCAAGGAUUUGUAUUUUACCAAAAAACUGGAGAAUGGAACGACCCUCACGUUUGCUGUGGUGGCUUACAAAAGCCAGAAAAACAGACGCCCUGGCAACGUCACGGUUCUGUUUAAGGGUGGAAACGUCAUUCCUAGACUCCCUACCGAGCCCCCACCAACAACACCGCUUCAACAGCUAAUCCCGAUAUAUCAACUGAAGCCAAUUGACGAGUCUGAUUCUGGAUUUAAAAUGAUCAUUGAAUAUAAAGUUCCAGGGACCGUGCAAGACUGGAGAAUAUCACUCAAGUUCACCAAGAAUAUUAGCACUCGAAACUUUGUCAUCGACAAGGCGAUGGUCACGCUUCCAAAAGAACCGACAAACGACUCUUUCUGUCUCAGACCCAGGCCAUAUAACGAGAACCUCAAGGCCAAUACGACUCUACUACUCGAGUUUAGCUGCCACAAAGCCAAGUUGUACGAGGCCGCGCCGAAUGCAUUCUUCGUUUUCCAUCCCGAUUCAGCGAUAUGCGAGGACUUUGACCUCCCUGCUCCAGUCCCCGGACACGCUGUCCCGCUGGAAACCGCCACGGCAACGGUGAUUCGUCAGUGGCCGCCGAGUAACUUUAAGAUGAAGUUUGAGCUGCAGGUGAUCAAUUCUGUUCGAGGGGGCUGGAGAAUCGCUUUGCAGUUUUCCAAGCCAGUGGCAGAAAUAUCCAACCUGAACACUGCAAAAUUUGUCAGCAAGUCCAAAGACGGCCUUACUUAUUACAUCGACAAUUUCCCGGGGCAGAUCCAGAAGGCUAACUUGAAGCAGUGCGAGAAGAUUCAAAUCGAGUUCUCCGCCAAGUUGGCAUCUAGUUCAAACAAGCCGCUGACAGCUGAAGUCCUGUUUGAAAGAAAGGAACCUGAAUAUGCCGAGGUUAACAUUCAAGGAACGUGUCCAACUAAAAGUUCAUGAGCAGAGACAUUCAGGGAAAGAUGAUGUCACAGAUGAUGGACAGUUAUCGAAACAUGAUGGGGUUUUAAUUCUGUAAUGUUGCAUACUUUGAAUGAAAUUUCAAUAUCGGGGUUAAACAAAGACACGAAGUAGAAUGAAACCAAAGUUUGAUGCAUAUCUUAAAUAGACAGGUCUUGUUUUCACCCGCCCAGUCGGAUCUAGAGUCAAUGUGGUAUGUAUGUGCACAAAAUCCUAUUUUGAGGCGAAUCGAAUGAAAGCUGAGUUUUGCAGCAUUUUAUAUGGUAACAUUUGUAAGGAUGUAGCCGAAGCGAUCUGUCUUGCAGGGAUAGUAAAGAGCGUGCUCACGGGAUAGGGGUGGGGAGGAGGAUGGAUGAUUAAGGAUCUAUCCUACGCUUUUCAAUUCAUUGGUAUAUUUUUAACGUGCUUUUAGAACGUGCUUGGUCGAAUCUAUCAGCGUCCGCGGAUAAAGCUAUUGCUCCACGUGAUCAAUUUUAACGGGAGCCAUAAUCGGGGACGUCCCCGAUUAUGGCUCCUGGUAACCCUUGAUCCAAAAAUAUCCCUUGUUCCCGUAUAAUAAGUGAUCAUGUACUCUUCCAACCCCCCCC